AUGGCACCAACGUAUCAAUCAGCCUUUCAUAAAAUAAUUUCCCGUGAAAAGGGGAUUUUUGAGGGCCACAACUUCCUUGUUUCUACAGACACAAUCAAUUGGAUCCAUGUUCAUACAUUGACAAUCACUGAGUUGGGUCAAUUGUAUUCUUCAGACGAAAACGAAAACCACUUCUUGUUGUUACAAUCCUUACAAUCCUGUUUUGUGCAAAUAUUCCCCAAUUCUAUUACGAAAGCUCCAUCUUCUCCUAAACCUCCACAGGUUCCAACUAAACGUAGUCGAUUAAGAAAAAACACAAACCACAAUCACAACCAAGAUCAUUUGGAGGAUACUGAAAAUCAACCACCGGCAAUUUUUAUCAAGACAUUUGAGAAUGAUAAAUUAUAUAUUAAAGUCCCAUCAAAAACCAAUUUUGGAAAUCUCUUAAGCUGUCUAAUAGUAUGGCAAAACCUCAAACCACAAGGCUUAGCUAAAAAGUGGUACGCUGAGAACAAGGUGGUUUCUCAGCCAACAAGAAACUCCCCAACUCAUGAAUUAUUGGUGUGUCGAUUCAAGAUUUAUGGUCCAAUUCCUAACAAGUAUAAGAAUUUGAAUUUUGUGCCAGGUCCAAAGGCUCCAGUAUACCAACCAAAGAUUGAUGAAUUCACUAGCAACUUUGAUGGAUCGAAUAUGAUGCCACAACAAAUUCUCCAGGCUGAGAACAACAAUAGUAUCAAUGAAGGAUGGUUCUAUACUAUGGGUGCAUUAGACAGUAAUGGUACUUUAAAAAUUAUCGAUGAAUUGCAUGGAAGUCUUUUAUAUUCAAUUGACGUAAAACAGGUUAUGGCUAGUGAAAUCCGGGAAGUCCACAAUUCGAUAUUUGACAACUCGAAUGUGUUGUUUAUUGGCCAACUUAAGGAAUUACGAUACAAUAAUAUAAUAAAGACACAAAAUACAUUAUCGCCAGAUCAGUUAUUGACUCCCUUUUUAACAAGAGAUGGCAAAAUCAUUCCAAGCAAUCAAAGAAUAUUUAUCGAGUUCCCAUUACAUAUCGAUUUAGAAGACUGGUUUGUGGGGUUAAAUUAUUUUGCCAAAAGAGAAUAUAUUGGUUCCUAUGAUGUUGAGUCCAAGUUGAUUGAACAUCCUGAACGGCCAAAAUUGCACGAUUUUGAGCGAGCCAAUUUCCGAGUUUCCAAGAAAAUUUCCAUUGAUAUAAUUGAAGCAAAAUUUGAUAAUAUAACCAGUAAACGAGAUGGUAAAGUCUAUGCUGAAGUCCGUAUGUGGGGAUAUCCCUGGUCAAGAACAGCAUCAGUCAGUCAUACAAGUAAUCCGUUUUGGAAAGAAGAGUUUCUGACUGAUUUGCCAAUAUCUACCCAAAUGAUUCAUAUUUUGAUAAAAAAAUGUUCCUAUAAUGAUUCAUCAUAUUCAGUAGCUGAUAAACUUAUUGGUACAGUAUAUGUGACACCUGAUAUUUUGACGAGACAGAUCAAAUCAAGCUCUACAAUCAUGACAAGUAGCGAGUCAAGUAAUGCUAUUCAGGUAAAUGCAUUACCAACAGAUAGUUCCAACUCAAACCUGGGAGGUAACUUGGAUAUUGUUAGAUUGACAAUUUAUGACAAUAGUAAUAUACCAAUUGGGAAACUAUUGCUUGAGGUCAAUCUCAAAGAGUACCAUAUUCUUCCGCCAACGUUUUUCAAACCAUUGGAAAAGAUGUUGGUUAAUGCUCCAAUGAAAGAUUUGAUCAAAUUUUGUAAUGAAAAUGUUCCUAGUUCUGAUUUUGAAAAAGUUAGUUUGGUUUUAUUGGACAUAUUUCAAAGUCUUGGAGUUGAAGAUGAAUGGUUUAAAAGUUUGAUGGAGACCGAGCUUGUCAAUAUCGAUAUUAUUACCAGGAAGAGUUACCAUCAAAGAAAUAGUCAACAUAAGACAAUCACAAAUUCAUCCCAGUCUAAUAUUUUUAACACGCUUUUCAGAGGUUCUUCAAUUUUCUCCAAGUCGUUGGAGAAGUACAAUUUACGUAUUGGUCAAGAAUAUCUUGAAAAAGUCUUUGGUGACUUUUUAACCAAAAUCGCUCUGGAGAAGAAAUCCUGUGAAAUUGAUCCUUCAUAUGUUUCAUAUUCACAGAAGCAUAAUGGUUCUGAAGGGGGACAAGACGGUGAUGAUGAUGACGGUGUUGUCAGCGAUAGUGAUGAUGAUGAAUAUGAUUCUGAUAAAGAACGUCAACGAAACGAACGUAUUAAACAAAUUGUGGAUCAAAACUAUCAGAAUUUGCUUGGAUAUGUUGAAGAAAUUUGGCACAAAAUCUAUAUAACGUCAAAUGAUUUGCCAGAUCAAAUUAAAUUACAGUUGAAGAAUUUUAGAACAAAAGUGGAGCUUGUCUGUGAUCCAGAAGAUAAAGUUACAAGUUUGAAUUGUCUUUCAGCUUUUAUUUUCUUGAGAUUCUUUUGUCCAGCAAUAUUGAACCCAAAAUUGUUUUUCCUUAGUAAGACUCAUUACAGUGGUUCUAUUCAACGUACAUUAACCCUUGUAGCUAAAGUGCUUUUGAAUUUAGCAAAUAGGCAAGAAUUUAGUCCACACAAGGAGCCACAUUUGGUGAGGAUGAAUCUGUUUUUAAGAAAGCAUUUACCUGAAGUUUAUGACUAUUUUGACAAGAUUACUGGUCGAAAAAAUGAUUUCAAUGAAAAGAUUUUGGAGUUGAGUCAUGAAGUCAAAAGAUUUGAUCUUGGUUUGGAUAAUACAUCAAAUGAGUUACCAACCACACCUUAUUUGAUUGACAAGUAUUUACGUUUAACUGAAAUUGUCCAUUUAUUGGAUUACAAUAAGCAUUCCCGAAAUGUGAAUAGCAAUGCCCUGACCCCAAUGAAUAGUCCUAGCAGGGAUUAUGAAAGGUCCCAAUCUGGAACCCCUGACCUUGAUCCUAUCCUCAAAUUGAGUGAUUUGCAACUUAAUAAUGAAAACAAGUAUCAGAUCGGUUCCUUGGAAUUUGAAAAGCUGGAGUUGUUGGAAUUUCAUGGUCAAAAUGAAUGGGAUUUUAUCAAAUCGUUGCUUAAUGAAGAGAUGUUUUCUUUUAUUGAUUCCAAUGUCACUCUCAAAGAUAUUCAAAAACAUUGUACUAAAAUAUUAAACAAAAUUCAGGAAUUAGAAGUCUAUUUAGAGAAUUAUGAAUUUCCAAAGAAUUACAAUAAUCAGGUUAUAUGGGAUUCUUUUACCGAUGAUAUUUUGAAUAAGUGCUGGUUAGAUACUAGCCGCAACUGCUUAAUCUAUUCUGACCAUGUUCCAAAUGCCCACCAGUAUAAGAAAUUAACUGAUCAUGCUUUGGCAACAUUAAAGAUGAAAUUUAUUGAUGCUGAUACCCGGAUGUAUGGCAAUUCUUCUGGAUUGAAUAAUCUUAAAGUUGAUUCGUUGAACAAUACUAACGGAAAUUCAGAUAACUUAGAAAAUGAUGGCAAUGGACACAGACCAAGUUCUAGUUUCAGUACCAACAGUAUCGGAAGUAUGGUAAAACCAAAUGGCGGGUCCAAAAAUCCAUUCAAGAAGUGGUUAAGAAAAAGUUAA